AUGUCGUCGGCCCAGCGACAAGCAACAACUACGCGAUCCAGAUCCGCUUCGAACACGCAGAUCCCUGCGAACGGGAAAAUUUACACCAAAUCUACCCAACCGCCAUUCGAUUCAGAGUAUGACGACCAAUGCGCCCUGCCAUCGACUCGUGAAGCUCCUAUUAUACGUGGAAACUCAUUUCGGCGUUCACAUGGCCCAGAACAGUCAACCCGUGUUGGAGUGAGGUCUUUCGCGGAGCGUGCGAGGAAUCUCCCACCUGAGCGCAGGCUUCCAGAGCCGCCUCGUUCAAGUCCAACGGAGACUGUUCACGGUACUACGUCGAUAGGGACUUCCCCCGCAAAUCCAAAUUCUAGAUCGUCGUCGGUCCAAAAUACAGCGAGCAGUAUAUACCAAUCUCCCCCCGCUCCACGUUCUAUACCGCAAUCACAGCCUAGCGAACCGCCUUCCCCUGUGGCCCAAUCAAACCCAGACGCCGUUCCAAAGAAAGAUGAUAAACGACGGCGUGAUCGCGACUGGGCGCCCGCCCGAUCUCCCUUGCAGAAAUUGGAGGUCACAUUGAAGGAUAUCAGCAAGGAAGAGAAACGCGCGAGGGUGGAAGAAGCGGAGAUGCUGCUGAGAGAGGCCAAAGCCGGGCGUCAGAAUCGUCGCAUUAGUCAGGACGUGCGUCCGAGUCCGAGACUGAAGGAGAAUAGCCACACUACAGAAACUAUGUCUCAGCAGCCGCCGACCCUCGAGGAAGCUGGGCUGACAAGAAGUCUAAGCACUAAACAACGAGAACGGCUACAGCAAAGUGCUGUGAUAGAAUCAACGAAACCCUCACCUGGUCGGUUUUCAACUGAUCGUGAAGGAUUCGAUUAUCAGCCACUGGAAUCAGAAGGAUUGAGGGAACCUAUGGCGUCCGAGAUGGUUAAUCAAGUGCGUGCUAGGCCGGAUCAAGAUCCUGAAUUUUCCCUCGAUGGAGGAGCAUAUCAAUUCAUGGCUGCGGCCAACGACGACGAGUCGACUCCACAGCAGAGAGUAGCACAACCGUCUGUAAAUCAGUUCAAAAGCCGGGGUUACGCUGAGGACAGACGCUCAUGGCAGCAUCCACAUGCCAAUCCUCCUUCAUUUACACCGGCCGCGCCUGUACAGAGGAGCAACAGCCGAAAACUUCAAAAGCCUAUUCUUCGGGAACUUAGAGAACAGCCUGCGACAGAAUAUCCUGCCAAUACAAGCCCAGCUUUCAACGCCAGUAGAACGAAACCGUACGAUCAGGCUCGGGCGCUAAGCUCGCCGGACCCCAAGGACCAGCCUUCACACAUCAAUAAGCCCGUGGAUGGGCUACGGGCGACUAACGAUGAUCCAGUGGGCCAAGGGUAUGCCAAUGCCAGCAAUGAGGCCCAAUCGGACGACCUGGACUCCAUAACAGGACUGAAAAAGAGUGAAAAUAAACAGAAGCGAGUUUCCGUUACGUUUGCUGUUCCUCCUCCGACUCCGCCGCCGCUUGAUGAAUGGAGAAAUGCAACAGUGGGCUUUUUGCUACGGGAUGACUUCAAACUUCAAAGCCUUGACGGAAAGGCCUGGUGGGAAGGAAAGGACCCAGAGAGACGCAAGAGAAAUCAAUCUGUAUCCCAGAAUAUACCCCGGCCUUCUCCCAAAAUAAAGAAAAACACUCCGUUUGAACCACCUCUAUACUUAAAGUGCGGACCGCUACUUCGAUUCACCGGUAUAAAACGGGAGCGAAUUGACAGUCGUACCGGGCCCGCUGAGAGAGAAAUUUGGAGAGGAAGCAUCAUGAUUGCUACCAAGGACUCUGCGUCUUCAUAUGAUAUUCCGCCAACGCUUCGCAUUUUUUCUCAGCCUCGAGAUUUGUUACCUCCACCACCCACCGAAAUUCGCCCUGAACACGGGGAGCUUGCACCAGAAUACGUUGAUCCGAUUGCAGGGCUCACAAAGCUCUCGAGAAACGGAAAGCUACUCUAUGUCAAACCUGUGGACCACGUCGAAGAGGCAAAGGACCUCUGUUUUGUUGAAAAUGAAGACGGCCUUUUUGAAGAGUCACCCAGCCCCUUGGACUACAGCACCAGCAACCGGGUCGGUAAAUCGCCUGAUGCGAGAGUCGGAGACCUAGACGGGGAAUCCGUUGGAAGAUACAAAGAGAUCCCGGGAUUCCGACUUUACGCCGACUCAGCAAGAGACGUGACUUUCUGGCGGUUCAACAUUCAGAUCGAGCUCGGAAGCAAACAAGAGCACAUCGCCUACCGUAUCAACCAAGGUUCUGCUCAGGGUUUUUGGGUUCCAGCGAAAGGGCAGAUGAUGAACAUCAUGUUCCACAGCGGCAAUUGCUUCGGGGCGUCCGUUGACACUGAUAAAUUUAGCGGACCCGAUCCGUUAUGGCGGGAUGCUCUCAACGUCCACCAGACACGGCCAUUCCACGUCAUGAUCGGCGGUGGAUCUCAGAUAUACAAUGAUGCUGUAGCCUUCGAGACCGAACACUUUCAAAACUGGCUGGAUAUAAAAGUCAAAUAUGAAAAAUACCAGCACCCGUUCAAUCUAGAUAUCAAGGCCGAACUCGAGGAGUUUUAUUUGGAUAACUACCUGCGAUGGUUUUCUCAGGGUCUGUUUAGCAUGGCAAGUGCCCAGAUACCGAUGGUUAACAUGUGGGACGAUCAUGAUAUAAUUAGCGGAUUCGGAUCUUAUUCGGAUGAACUUAUGACCUCACCAGUAUUUUCGGGAUUGGGAAAUAUUGCGUUCAAGUAUUACAUGCUUUUCCAGCACCAGAGCGUUCCGGAAGAGACGCAGUUGAACGAACCAAGUUGGAUAAUGGGUCCCGCUCCGGGUCCCUUUAUUGAACAGAAAAGUCGAAGUAUUUUUGUACACUUGGGUAGGCGGGCGGCACUUUUGGCGGUAGACUGCCGAACUGAACGGACCCGAUACGAUAUUUUGAGCGACGACACGUAUGAUUUGAUUUGGAAUCGCUGUCACGAAGAGAUCAUAAAGGGAGAAACGAAGCAUCUUCUCGUGCUCAUUUCAAUUCCCGUCGCCUAUCCAAGAAUGGUACGUGUAAGCUCCGUGCACUCUGAAUAAGCGCCCUAACGCGGCCUUAGGCAUGGCUUGAAAACGUAACGAGCAAGGUCAUGGAUCCUGUCCGAUCGCUGAGCAAAGUUGGAUUGUUCGGGAGCUCAGAGACUAAAGUCGGGAGCGGUGCAGAACACUUGGAUGACCAUUGGACCGCAAAAUUGCAUAAGCUUGAACGGAGAUGGUUGAUCGAGGACCUUCAAGAACUCGCGGCAGAGAAAUCCGUCCGAAUUACCAUUCUGGGGUAUGAACAUGGCAUUUUUCAUCUUCAUUUCUUUUCUCAUUUUUCUUUUCGGAAACAAAACCUGACUGUUUUGGACAUAGAGGCGACGCGAAUUUGGCGGCAAUGGGCCAGUUCUACACGGACCCGAAGCUAGAGAUUCCGAAGGAUCAGGAUUACAGAUAUAUGCCAAACGUGGUCUCUUCACCGAUUGUCAAUGCACCCCUGCCACAAAUGAUGAGUGACGCACUUAAUCGGCGAAACAAGGUUCAUGCCGUGGAUACGAAAACAAUGGAGGACAUGAGACCGAUAUUCACCCACGACGUUGACGGCAAGCCCAGAAAUAAUAAGCGUCUCCUGCCAAGAAGGAACUGGUGUUGCAUCCGGGAAUACGCUCCAGGUAUGUCGUGGCAAUAACUGUCAGGCGAAGUGAAAG